GGAAUUGAGAAAGGAAAGGUAUGAUUUAAAUGAAAAGUGAAGGUUAUGGUAUUUAAAAAAAAAAGGAAAUGUUUACUUAUAAAUUGUAAAUAUAAAAGAUACUAUUACCAAAGUUAGCACUGUAGUUUGAAGAGAGUGAUUAGCUUUGUGUUAUGUAUGCCAUUGCCAGAUCUUUCAUAAAUAAAUGUGUACCGAAUUUUGAAUUUUAGUUGUUAAUUCAUCUCUGGUCAGCGUAGCUCCGUGAUUAGAUGAUUGAAAUACUACUAGAGUUUAUGUUCUAAUAAUUGUAAGAAGUAUCCAUGCAGUUAGAAUCUAUUAACAAGUUUCUGUUGAUCUAGAUAUAAAGAUCCAUUUCUUGAUUACAAUUUCAGUCGUAUGACCCACUUGUUAAAUGUUUAGAUCACAGUUAUAAAUUUUUGUACUCCUGAAUAAUACAUAAGACAUCUGGACUCCAAAUGAGUUGUAUUUUAUGUUAAACUUACAUAUUAAAUGCAUAUAAGGUAGUGGCCAUUGGUGAAUGCGGAUUGGACUAUGACAGGCUUCACUUUUGCCCAGCAGAAACUCAAAGGAAGUAUUUUGAGAAGCAGUUUGAAUUAGCGUAUGCAACAAAGCUGCCAAUGUUCUUGCAUAUGCGUGCUGCUGCUGAAGAUUUCUGUGAAAUUUUAAAGCGAAAUAAGGACAGUUUCAGUGCUGGAGUUACCCAUUCAUUUACAGAUAAUGCAGAAGAUUGUGAUAAGCUUCUUUCAUUCAGUAAUAUGUAUAUAGGUAUAAAUGGUUGCUCACUAAAGACAACUGAGAAUCUUGAUGUUGUAAGGGGCAUACCUGUUAAAAAAAUGAUGAUUGAGACAGAUUCUCCAUAUUGUGAAAUCAAAAGCACUCAUGUUGGGAUUACUUAUGUAAAGUCUACCUGGCCUUCAAAGAAGAAAGAAAAGUAUGAUCCAGAGUGCAUAGUAAAAGGCCGCAAUGAACCUUGCCUAGUUCGGUGAGUGCCAAUGUUUUCUUCUGUAAUAUUGUAUAUUUCUUCACCUCAAUAAGACGAAUAUCUUAUUGCAUGAGAAUCAACUAGGAAAUCAGUUUCUUUGAAUAGCACUCAUUCUUGA